AUGGCAACCUUCAACUGCGUCUCCUGCGAGGAAGACAUAACCGGAAACCCGGUAAUGGUGAUGCAAGACUCGGUGUGCGAGGAAUGCUUCGAAGGUGGUAUCGUCCCGUUGUUUCACGCCGCGCUUGCCAAUGAACUCGAAUACCCGGUCCGGUACCGUGGAGUCGAACUUCCUAUUGACCCAUAUGUCGACACGCAUUUCAGCCAGGACUUCGUGCGCUCAUGGUUUGAAAAGACCGUCGAACGGCGCCUACUCCCGAGAGAUCGCCUGUUCUGCGCUGGUUCAGGCACCGAUGGUGACAGGUGUAACUACUUCCUAGGAAAGAAGGCUGACCAUGAUCCAACUGAGCCGUGUUCGAAGUGCACCUCCUUGACGUGUGCGGGUUGUGAUGCUCAGAUCACAUCCGUCCCUCAUAGUUGUGGAGAGACCCAGGAAGCGGACUCCUUCGCAACUCAGAAUCAGACUCGGGGAGUCGACUACCAGCUCUGCCCCAAUUGCCAAACGCCCAUCAAUCUCCGGGAUGGUUGCAAUCACAUGGCCUGUCCUCCUCCAUGCAAUACGCACUUCUGCUACAUCUGCGGUCAGAGAGCGCAUCCGGACGACCGCCCACGCCACUGGAGCAUCAAUGGCUGUCCACUGUAUAAUCGCGCUCAUCCCGCUGCUGUCCUUCCUGUCCAUGACCCGCCACCUGUCCAUGACCCGCCACCUGUCCAUGACCCGCCACCUCGCGUUGACGCGCGUCCCGGACUAUAUGUGCCACCCGGAGCGUUUGAGAAUCCGAGCACCAGGGUGAACCGACUAUUCGAGGCACACCGCGAUCAUCCCUUUGAGCGAUACUGGCUUCUUCGCGGCAUGGGCACUCUCGUACACCGGCGAGUCAGACAAUUCCAAUGGAUCCAGGCAGCCGAGGACCCCCGAACAGCAGCCGCAGCUCUUGUCUUGGGCGUCAUCCCGACCCUGCAAGGCGAUGUGCUUCGUUCUCCGGAGGGAAGGGUCAUGAAUAUGCACAUGGCAUCUAUAAGUCGUAUGUGCGAGCUGGCUGUCCGCCUGAUGUUCCGUGAUGCAGCGGGGCUUGGACCUCCGAGAUUUGAAACUGUUCAUGCGCUGGCCAUACUUCUUGAUGAUUCGCAGCGCAUCUACGUGCGGCAUCUGAUCAACAUGUUUGGGUGGCCGGCUGGCGAACAGUUCUGGGAGCUGGACAAUCGAUUGCUAGCAAAGAUUCAGCAGGUCGAAGAAGUUGCGUUAGCCGUGACUCCUGAGAUGUUUGCAGCAUUUCCCGAACUAGUUCCAGUACUUGCUGGAUGGCGGCUGGCCGCCAGAAGAGACUUUGCCGCGCUGCGGGCUCUUGCACCAGCAGCACCUGAAGCGCUUCCAAGACCUCAGCUACUUUUUGGAGCCUUUUAA